AGCAAACAUGGCCUCCACCAUUUCCCACCUUCCAGCAUUUUGCUCAACUUUGGUUUUCCUUAUCCUUUUGAACGCGCUCAUUCCUUUUCAUCGUGUUUCAGCUGGUCCAGGAUUGCCUGUUCCCCAUCCUCCACAUUCAGGCUCAGCAUCUGAUCGUCAAUCAAUACGUGCUUCCAAUCCUCUACCUUCAGCUCCAUUAUUUGAUCAUCAAGCAAUGCCUGCUUCCGAACCUCUACCUUCAGCCCCAUUAUUUGAUUAUCAAGCCAUGCCUGCUUCCAAGCCUCCACAUUCGGGCUCAGCUUCAGAUCAUCAUGCAAUGCCUGCUUCGCAUCCUCUGCAAUCAGGCUCAACUGAAGAUCAUCAAGCAAUGCCUGCUUCUCAUUCUCCGCAUUCAGGUUCUGCUUCAGAUGGCAAAAUCACCACAACGGGAACACCGCGGACGCCUAUUCUGUGCGAGAGUGAGAAACCUACUCAACAACAACAGCCAAUGUCUCUGAAGCAGCUAGGGGUUUAAUAUGGCAGAGAAUAACAUAACAAAUAAUGAUUUUAAGUAAAUAAUCUACGACAUCCACUUGUAUCACACACGACAUGCAGUUGGAUGUCAAAAUCAUGCCCAUAAGGACCAUAUGAACGUUUUAUGUUUGACAAUUAAAUUAUUUUUUUGUGUUCUCUCGCA